CAGGCGAGGGGUGGGAGGCGGGAGUCCAAAUUGCAUCGCUGGAGAACUCUUCGCCCGGCCUCCCUCUCCUCCUCCUCCUCCUCCUCCUCCUCCGCCGCCGCCGCCGCCACACACAUCGACUCCCCUCCUCUCCUCUUCCUCCUCCUCCUCCUUCUCCUCCUCCUCCUCCUCUCUGAAGGUGGAUAGCAGGAGCGAGGCAACAUCUGCAGGGCUGGAUGGCAGAUUAGCAGGGGGCAGAGCCAGCGAGCCAAGUGGAGGGUCCGGGGGGGAAAUCGGGGGUCCUUUUUCUUUCUUUUCUUUUCUCCUUCCCUCCCCCUCCUCUCCCCUCACCCAAAGAACGGAUUUCACGUUUUGCUGAGUCCAUUUGCGGGCGUUCGGUUCCCCCCCCCCCCCGGAUUUUCUCCAUUGGCAAAGGAUGCCUCGUUGAGAUGAUGCUGGAUGCCAGAAGAAGCCGAUUCUUUGAGGACCACUGAGCGGCGUGGGACACCCCCCCUCCCGCCCAUUUUUUUGGGGGGGAAAGCGUUUCAUGUGAUUUUUUUUUCAAACCCAGCCAAACAAGGACAUCGUUCGUUGCUCCUGUCUCCCUUCGGAGGGGGUGAUUUCCAGAAGCAGGACCCUCCCCUCCUCCCCUCCCCGCCAGACCUUCCUUCUCCCCUCCAUGGUGUUGGUGGAAAUGUGGAGAUUUCAGGCAGACAGACUGAGUGGAUUCGUCUCUGCUUUGGCAGCCCUUUGUCUCGCCUGCUGCGCUCAAAGCCCAUCCACUGGGAACAUUUCAGUGGUGAAAGGGAUUGUGGACAAACUGCUGAAGGGGUACGAUGUCCGCCUCCGGCCUGACUUUGGAGGUAACCCCGUUACGGUGGGAAUGAGCAUCCGUAUUUCAAGCAUUGAUCAGAUUUCAGAAGUCAAUAUGGACUACACAAUCACCAUGUAUUUCCAGCAAAGCUGGCGAGACAAGCGGUUAGCAUACAGUGAUCUGCCUCUGAAUCUCACGCUGGACAACCGGGUGGCUGAUCAGCUCUGGCUCCCCGACACUUACUUCCUGAACGACAAGAAGUCUUUCCUGCAUGGAGUGACAGUGAAGAACAGGAUGAUCCGGCUGCACCCAGAUGGAACAGUCCUAUACGGCUUGAGAAUCACCACCACAGCAGCUUGUAUGAUGGACCUGAGGAGAUACCCUCUGGACCAGCAAAACUGCACGCUGGAAAUCGAGAGCUAUGGCUACACGAUCGAUGACAUUGUCUUCUUUUGGCAAGGAAACAACUCAGCUGUGACUGGGAUGGAGGCGCUGGAGCUGCCCCAGUUCACCAUCAUUGAGCAGAGGCUGGUCACAAGAGAGGUUGUUUUCACCACAGGCUCCUACCUUCGACUAUCCCUGAGUUUCCGGAUCAAAAGAAACAUUGGCUACUUCAUCCUGCAGACUUACAUGCCUUCUAUCCUCAUCACCAUCCUCUCCUGGGUCUCCUUUUGGAUCAACUAUGAUGCCUCUGCUGCCCGGGUUGCCCUUGGGGUCACCACGGUGCUCACCAUGACCACCAUCAACACCCACUUGCGAGAGACCCUCCCCAAGAUCCCCUAUGUCAAAGCCAUCGAUGUCUAUCUCAUGGGCUGCUUUGUGUUUGUGUUCCUGGCGCUCCUGGAGUAUGCGUUCGUCAACUACAUUUUCUUUGGGCGAGGCCCUCAACAACAGAAGAAACAGAGCGAGCGCAUCAACAAAGCAAAUAAUGAGAGGCACCGAUACGAGGAGAAGCGGGUGAGAGAACAGGUCGACCCUUAUGGUAACAUCCUUCUCAGCACUCUGGAAAUGAACAAUGAGCUACUGGCUGCGGACAUGAUGAGCACCGUGGGAGACUCCCGAAACUCUGUCAUGUCCUUUGAAGCAUCAGGAAUCCAGUUCCGCAAACCGCUGGCCUCCCGAGACGGCUUUGGACACCACCCCACCUUAGACCGCCAUGUCCCGCUGUCCCAUCAUACUGCAGCCCGCAAUCGUGCUAACUGCCGACUCCGCCGGCGGUCGUCGAAGCUGAAGCUCAAAAUUCCGGACCUGGCAGACGUCAGCACCAUUGACAAGUGGUCACGGAUCAUUUUCCCCAUCACCUUUGGAUUCUUCAACCUGGUUUACUGGUUGUACUAUGUCAAUUGAUGCCUGCAGGCUCCACAAGAAUAGGGAAAGACACUCAAACUAUGACAACACCACAGGAGUGCUGCAGUCUUUGGGGUUUGGGUUUUUCUCUUACUUAUGACCAAUGCUUACUUCUCACCCUCCCCUCCCCACCUUUGGUUUACGUUUCUCCUCGAUAUCUCUUCUCUUUUUCAGCACAUUCGACACACAGCCUGUGUGUGGUGGAAACAGGGGCAUGUGGAGGGGGGAGGGGUUGGCUUCAGGGAUGAACAGGGUCAUCUUUCUCUCAGUUGGGUUUGAGUUUCUUGCUUGAUGAACUUCACCGCUUUGGGGAACAAAACACCUUUCUCCUGAAAAACAUCACACACACACACACACACCCGCAUUGUCGCAGCUAACUCAGCCAAUAGGGUGGCGUUGAGUGUGUUAAAGUUGGAAGGUGCCAAAAGAUGCACAGCCAUGAAGCUCCAGUGGCUUGCCAAACUCUCGCUUCCUUGUUCUGGGGGUCAUUUUUCUCUGUUUCUUUCCUUUGUCUCUCUCUCUCUCUGUUAUUCUCUCUCUCUCAGUUGUUUCAUUAGAAGAAGGAACUGCAUUCUCACUGCAUGAAAUGCCUUUCUUCUUCUGUCUCUGUCUCCGAAGUCUAUGAGAAUCUUUCUCAAAAGGAAAUAUCUAUGUUGCAGCCCUGUUGGGGCAGGAACAGGGAAUUACCCAGGGGAAGGGAAAGAAGGGGGAGGGGCAGGAAGGGAAGGCCUACGUCAGAAUCAAAGGCAUGUUUCUAAGCCGCCUUAUCCCUUUAUCAGGAGUUUGGAGCUGUCGUUUUGUUUCUGGUGCAAAUGUGCAAGCGUCUGUGUGUAUGUGUGUGCAUGCGUGCAAACACAUUUUCUGGCCUGGGGAGGGGGUAGUUUCACUGUCUCUUUUGUAGAAAGAAGGUAUUGGUGAGAUAUAACUGGAAUGUGGGAAGUCUUGUGGUUGUCUUGUGAGUCCCAGGAAUGUAGGGGUGAAUCCCAGCUUUGGGUAGGUUCAGGCAGCUGAACUCAACAGAAAGUGAUGCUUGUUGUUUUCAUAACAUGGUGUUUCCAGAUGUGAGGGGUGUGGUGGCAGCUGCCAAGAUCAAGGUGGGGCCGCAUCUUUUCACAGACGAGGCUCUGAAGUUCAGUUCAGUUCUAGCCAGAGAAGGCUAUGGGAGAUCCUCCUAACCUCUCUGUCGCAAGAAAGAUCUGGGAAAGGGGGUUGGGGUUGGGGAGGGAGAUCUAAUGCCCAACCAUUCAAGUGAACUGUGAUUUCUCAUCAUGACCUGAAGUGGCAUGCUGCAGCAGAGGCAUGCCUAAAGCACUGACCCUUACCACCCCAGCAUUCGACUAGGGAACACUUGAAGUCCGGCGAAGCGUGCCAGAAGCUGCACAAAUUUGCAAGGAAGCUAAAGUGGUCCACGCAGCUCAGCAAUGCUUGGGAGGAUCCUCAUCUGCUCAUUCCGAGUGUCAGAUCUUAGAGCUACCAAAUCAUGGUGAGGAACUUCAUUAAGCAGUUCGGACAUUUUGGCUUCAGUGUUUCCCCUCCUCGCUGCAUGUGGUCAAUGUCAUGUGAGAAACAGACUCAGACAGGCACAAGGUUCUUUGGCUUUUCCUGAGGACUCCUGUUGCUAUCCUCUAUCACUCCUCACACACUUUGCCUUGAUCCAGAAUCCCCCUUUUCCGUCUCCAGCAUCUUCCCCUUCCCCUGUUUCAUUCGUGAUGCCAGAUGGCUUGAACUGGGAGCAUCUCAAAAAGCCAAGGGGCAUUCCACCUCAGCAGAUGCAAAUGCCAUACUCAGAAUAAAUGCAACAUUUUUUAUCCCCUGUGCUUACGCUGAGUUACAAGGUUUUGAAGGGUCCUCCAGCUUAAUGGAGGAUCAGUCUCCUGAGUGCAUUUUUUUUAUUCUGCCCUUCUUCUCAGGGUGGCAUAUAUAGUUCUCCCUUUCCCAGUGUAGCCUCACAACAACCUUGUGAGGUAAGUUAUACUGAGAGAGAAAGACAGGUCCAAGUUCACCCAGUGCACUUUUUGCCAGGGUGCAGGUUUGAGCCUGGGACUCCCAAGUCGUAUUCAGACACUUCAGCUGCAACUCCAACUUAGCCAGUGAAGAUUGUGCUUAUUGUUGGGAGUAGGGGCAACACAAAAGCUGUGUUAUGCAUGCGUAUCUUUAGCUGAGUUUGAGCCGAUGAAAGACUGAUGCUUUUGGCUGAAUGUGUCUUGUGGAGAAAAACAGAACAGUUCUCUGCAUAUUGGGGUGGGUGGUUGGAUCCCGUUUUGUACCAGGAAAUCCUGAAUUGAUCCAUGAUAGCAAAGCCCAGUAGUAGUGUAUGUGUGAGGCUCUCUGUCACUCACAUGUUUCCUUCAGAUGUGCAGAACUAGCAACUGCGCCUCUGCCUGCUCCAUUCGGGCCUCAUCUGCUGCCAAGCAGCAACCUAAGUAUGUUCAACAAAGGAAACGAGGACACCAGCCAAACGGAGGGGUGGAGACCAUUGUUGCUCAGUAGCUACCCCACAGUAGCCACAGACUUCUCACUGUUUGGUCUAAGAGUUUGGCUGCAGCACCAGGGCUGUCCCUCGCAACUCCUGUUUUCUGUUCGUCUGUCACAAUCACUAACGUCUUUCAUUGACUGUGGUUCCACCUAGUCACCUCCUGUACCAAAAAUAGCCCCGUUUCUACGACUCUAUCCUUCCAUCAAGGACUUGCUUGGAAAUCAUCUUGACACUUCAGAAGCAGCCAGGGCUUCCCACACGAGGCUUUGUCUUCUCAGCAAGAGUUUGACCAACAUCUACUCCAUCGGCUGGAGGCGAAGGCACAGUUGCCGCCCAGCCUUCUCCCUGGCCACCCUGACCUUCAGGAUUUCAAGACUAUUUUGGCCAAACCUCUGUUGGCAUGGGUUGUUUGCGUACGUGAUACUGAUGCAGCCACACGGGUGAAGAGAGCAUCUUUGCGCUAGUGAAAAAUGGGCGAACGACUGGGAUCACUCAACCAACUGCUCAUUUGGGUCACCGUGGACUGGCUGGAGGAGGAGGGUGAAGUCUCAUAGUCAUCAACAUUCAUUUUUGCGAGAUGUGGGGGAAGGAGGACUAUCUCAGGACAGCGCAACCGACACGUGUGCUUCAUUUCCUGCUGCUGGCAUCGGGCCGUCACUCAGGGACUUUUCUGAAUUGGGGACUGUCAUCGUAUUAAGUCAACCCCCUUCCCCCUCCACACUCCACACUUUCCUCAGUGGAGGAAGAACAAAAGGAAAGGACCAUUCUGAUCAAAUGCCAUGUGAAUGGAGAAGAGGGCAGCCUUGGAGGCAAAAGACCUUCUGUGCUUUUCAUUCAAAGCUUCACUCCGAAGGUUGCCUGUCCCUGAUAUAGGAAAAGGACACAUCUUUGGAACAAGGAGGAGUGUCUCAAUGGACAUCCAUCUUGUGGUCUUCUGAUAUCGGCCGAUCUGGCACGUUUAAGUGGGGCUGUGGUUCUGCUCUCCCCAGAUCUGCCAGGAUGAUCCCCAAACUCCCCAAAGUUGAUCUGCUUGGGAUAUGUGUUGCUUCCCACACGAGGCUUUGUCUUCUCAGCAAGAGUUUGA